ACCUGUCAAAUGAACACAAACGAGUGUUAAAGGAGUAGUUCACCAAUAAAAACACCAACUGUUUUGAGCUGUUUUCGCUUGUUUGAUCUGUGGGACAUAUUCCAACUUUUUUUCUCAAUCAGAGGAAGCAAUAUUAUGAAUAUAGGACUUGUAUUUUAGCCAGGUUAGAAGUUAAAAACAUCUUGAUGGAUUUGUUUCUUAAAAACAAGCAACUUUUCUCUUCACAAGAUGUUAAUUGAUGUCGUAUGAAUUAGUUGUGGAUUAUUGUGAAGUUUUUAUCAGCUAUUCGAACUCUCGUUCUGACGGCACCCGUUCACCGCAGAGCAUCCAUUGGUGAGCAAGUGAUGUAAGGCUACAUUAAUCCAAAUAUAUUUCCGUGAAGAAACAAACUCAUCUUGGAUGUCUUGAGGGUGCACUUGACAGUCUGACCUAGCUCUGGAACAGCGCAGCUUUCAGUAAUUACCCCUGUCCGUGUGUCGCCGUGGUUGAGUAUUUUGAUUCUCUUGGAGGAGGCAGAGCAGAAGUUCUUUGUUCCUGUGUGGCUGAAUCCUACAGAGUAACUGUGACAGCUUUGGCUGGGGCGCACGUGGCGCCACUAUGAACGUCACCUCGCUCUUCUCCUUCACCAGCCCGGCGGUCAAGCGACUGCUGGGCUGGAAGCAAGGCGACGAAGAAGAGAAGUGGGCAGAGAAGGCGGUGGAUGCUCUGGUCAAGAAGCUGAAGAAGAAGAAGGGUGCUAUGGAGGAGCUGGAGAGGGCACUCAGCUGCCCCGGUCAGCCAAGCAACUGUGUCACUAUCCCCCGCUCGCUGGACGGAAGGCUCCAGGUGUCACACCGGAAAGGGUUGCCUCACGUCAUCUACUGCCGCGUAUGGCGUUGGCCCGACCUGCAGUCACACCAUGAGCUGAAGGCCCUGGAGUGCUGCGAGUUCCCUUUUGGAUCUAAGCAAAAAGAUGUGUGCAUCAAUCCCUACCACUACAAGAGGGUGGACAGUCCAGUACUGCCACCUGUGCUGGUGCCACGAAACAGCGAGUUCAAUGCAAAACUCUCUAUGCUGCCACGCUUCCGUAACCCACUCCACCAGACGGAACCUCCUAUGCCUCAGAACGCCACCUUCCCCGACUCCUUUCAACAGCAGCCAGUGAACACCCUUCCCUUCACCCCGAACUCCCCGACCAACAGCUACCCCAGCUCGCCCAACAGCGGCACAGGCAGUACAGCCACCUUACCCCAUUCUCCAUCCAGCUCGGACCCAGGCAGCCCUUUUCAGAUGCCAGAAACCCCCCCACCAGCUUAUAUACCCCCAGAGGAGCCAAUGACACAGGACUGUCCCCAACCGAUGGACACUAACCUGCUAGGCCAGAACCUGCCAUUGGAGCUCAACAACCAACCAGAUGUUCAGCCUGUGGCAUAUGCGGAACCCAAACACUGGUGCUCCAUUGUGUACUAUGAGCUGAAUAAUCGUGUGGGAGAGGCUUUCCAGGCCUCCUCAACCAGCGUACUGGUGGAUGGCUUUACCGACCCCUCCAACAACCGGAACCGUUUCUGCCUUGGUCUGCUGUCGAAUGUCAAUCGCAACUCGACCAUUGAGAACACUCGACGCCACAUCGGAAAAGGAGUACAUUUGUACUAUGUGGGAGGAGAGGUAUACGCUGAAUGUUUGAGUGACAGCAGUAUCUUCGUUCAAAGCCGCAACUGCAACUAUCACCAUGGUUUCCACCCCACCACCGUAUGCAAGAUUCCCAGUCGCUGCAGCCUAAAGAUCUUCAACAACCAGGAGUUUGCCGAGCUCUUGGCACAGUCCGUCAAUCACGGUUUUGAAGCCGUCUAUGAACUCACCAAGAUGUGCACCAUCCGCAUGAGUUUUGUCAAGGGUUGGGGUGCAGAGUAUCAUCGACAGGAUGUGACAAGCACCCCGUGCUGGAUUGAGAUUCAUCUUCACGGGCCCCUGCAGUGGCUGGAUAAAGUCCUCACCCAGAUGGGCUCUCCUCACAACCCCAUUUCCUCCGUGUCCUAGACAGAGCUGACCAUAAGGCAACUGCAGAUGUAACCUUGUCAGUCCGGGGUCCCAUGCAAAAGCUGAUUGGUUGAAGGGAGGGGUGGGGUUUGUAUUCUACUUGAAGGCAGUUUGUUUGGGGGCAUAAUUUUGGCUGAAGAGUCCUCAGUUCUCAGCCCGUGAGAAUCUGGAAGAUACUUGACAACUUUGUGUGACCAAGCAUGUUAAAUGAUGAGGCCAUCAUACUUGUGGCAAGUAUCCUCCUUUGGUCUUGUUUGUGAGAGAAGUUGGGUUUUUAAGCCAAUUUGUUUGUUUUUCUUUUGCAUUUUUUUUCUCUUUUUUGCAGUUUACAAAUCAGUAUUCCAUUGGCGAAAAAAGAUCUGCAUCAUAGCUUAGAGACUAGUACAGUGUUGUACAGAGUAGUGUAGCGUGAACAUGUCUGAUAGACAAAAAAGUAAGAAAAUGUAAUGCUUUAAAUGAACUGAAUGGCAUGAAGCUGUGAGAAGGAUAACGAGGUUAUUAAUGCAAACAUUUUCACAGCCGGUAAGAAGAAAAAAUGUAGCAAAAAUGGACAAAAAUGUCUGUUGUAGAAUGAAAAAUACAUAUAUUUGAACACAGAAAACUUUUGAAUGGGAUAAACGUAUGGGGAGUUAGGGCAUGUUAGUAGUGGGUAGGGAUGCAUGAGCAAACUCAUGCGUAUGUUGCGCUACUUUUAUUGCAGUUGUGUUCGACUGAUUUAUAAAAUGGGUGUGUAAAUGUACUUAUUAGUAGGGAAAGUGCUGUGCAGUCUGUUUUUUUGCAAGUGUGGUUUGAUCCCCAGGAUUGUAAGUCGAUGAAAGCAGAGGCAGGCAUUGUUUACUUUGUCCGUAUAUUGUGCACUGCACCACUGUGCUGCACGGAAGAACGUCCUCCUUUCUGUCUUUUUUUUUUUUUCUUCUUUUUUUUUUCCUGAAAUGCCAUGAAUAGUCUGUUUUCAUAAAACACCUUUUAAUAAGCAAGAGAAAAAAUGUACAUGAUGCUUAUGCGUUUUCGGCAUUUUUAGAGUAAAAUAAUUACCUUUUUUGUUGACUAAGUUCUAAAUGGCACUAGUGAUUGUUUUGUAAAAAGUAGUUCAUUUUUGAUUAACUUGCUUUCAGUUUUUUUUUUUUUUUUUUAAUUCAUAGUGAAAUCCCAUCCACUGUUAAAAUGUAAACAUUUUUGUAUUUUUUUUUUUUUUUUUUUUGGAAGAAAAUAUAUAAUGUUAUUCCUUCAUAUCUGCACUUUCAUAAGCGGCUUCUUGUCUAUGUCCCUUUUGUUUUUGUGCUGUUCUUGCUUACUUGUACUAUCAGAAAGCAGUUUUAUUCCAUGAAUAUCAAGUCUCUACUGGAAGAUUCAAUAA